AUGAAAAGUGCUUGCUGCUCUUUUUGCCCUUUAGAUGCAAUUUUUAUAUCUGAUUGUGGCAAUCUUAAAGCAUGCCCAAAGCAUAAAGCUAUAGGGCAUAAGCUAAAACGAAUUAAAAUACCAAUAAUCGAAGAAUCCAAAGAGAUCUUUUUGAGUUUUAUAGGCAUAUUAAAGAAGAAAUUUAGGGCCCGAUUUGAUGAUUUAAUUGAAAAAAGCACAAUAAAUAAAAAUAAUGAAAAAUACCAGAAGAAACUAAGAUUAGUGCAUAAUGCUUUGCAUGGCUGCAGUAUUUUCGUAAUGCAUUUGUUGAAGAAGAAGUCUGUUGAAAUAAAACUCAUUUUAAGUCCUUUUGAAUAUUUUUUAACUCAGCCAAAGGAAAAAGCACAACAAUACAUAGAAAAACUUGGAGACCAGAAUAGUUUAUCAGGAUUAUAGGGUUUUUUCCUAAUAGUCCUGCAGGGCUGUGGAAUCUUUUAGUUGGUACGACCAACUCAGUACGUUAGUCGGACCAAUUCACUUGUUGGUUCUACAAACUGAAUGAUUCCUUCCAAUAUCUACAGCCUUUACAGAAUAUAGGGGAAACCCCUAUAUGUCGAUCAGUUAAAACACAUUUAUUUGAUUUCAAUUAUUUUAAAUUUGAAGAUAAAAAAUUUAUUCAUGGCUGGGUUUAUAAGUCCUCUUACAAUCUGCACGAUCAUCUAUUGGAUUUCUCAUUUAUAGUAUUUUUGGAUUUUAUUAAAAUAGCGGAAUACGAGAUGGCAUAUGAAUGAUAUCAAAAUUUCAAAAGUUAUUUAGAAUUUUAUGGCAACUCUUCAAUUAAUGCUAAAUUUAUUUCAGUUUUAUUUGAUAAACUCUUAAAAACAAAAACUGAUAAAAAAAGAAGAUUACUCUCAGCUCGAAGAACAAUGAAAAAAAUUACCUCAAGUAUUAUUAACCCAUAA